AUGCCUGGCCAGCAGCAACGUCGCGGUGAAGCUAGUGGGCCACCUCUAUCGCAAGAGGUCUCUUCGAGCUCUCAACCGCAAGCUCAAGCACCAGUUCAAUUCAUUGAGACUCUCAAUCCCAACCUUCAGCCACCUCCAUCGUCUGCGCAAACUCCUCUGUUUCGCGUGCCUCAAUCUCCUCGUUCUCCCGCUGCGGGUGAAUCAUCUUCCAAAGUGGCUAAAAUUGCCAUUCCCCGACUGGAAAGGUCUAUUGACGCGGCCGGAGAAGAUGCUACAAAACCUGGAGGAAGACACCGGGUCAGCCAUGCCUGUGAGCCAUGUCGACAGAGAAAGACAAAAUGCAGCGGAGAGCGGCCUGUCUGUAGACACUGCCAGGACUUCAAGAUUACAUGUUUCUAUGCAGGUGGGAAGCGUGACCGGGUCAAGAAGCAAGGCUAUUAUAUCUUCUCUUAG